AUAUAUAAACACAACCCUAGUUAGGGUUUUACUCAGAGCUUCCUCGCAUCGCCAAACAGCAGCUGCAGCAAUGGCUCCCAAGCGUGGUGGAAAAGCCCCGGUUCCUGCCUCUAAGAAGAAGCCUGCUCAGGAGAAGGUUACUAACCCGCUUUUCGAGAAGCGUCCGAAGCAGUUCGGAAUCGGAGGAGCGUUGCCGCCGAAGAGAGACUUGACUCGGUUCGUCAAGUGGCCCAAGACCGUUCAGAUUCAGAGGAAGAAAAGGAUUCUGAAACAGAGGUUGAAGGUUCCUCCAGCUUUGAACCAGUUUACGAAGACACUCGACAAAAACCUAGCAACAAGUCUGUUUAAGAUCCUGUUGAAGUACAGGCCAGAGGAUAAAGCAGAAAAGAAGGAGAGACUUUUGAAAAGGGCACAGGCAGAGGCUGAGGGUAAAACUAUCGAGGCCAAGAAGCCUAUUAAUGUGAAAUAUGGUCUCAACCAUGUUACCUACCUCAUUGAGCAGAACAAAGCCCAGCUUGUUGUGAUUGCUCACGAUGUGGACCCAAUUGAAUUGGUUGUCUGGCUUCCAGCAUUGUGCAGGAAAAUGGAAAUCCCAUACUGCAUUGUGAAAGGAAAGGCGCGCUUGGGAACGGUCGUCCACAAGAAAACCGCAUCUGUUUUGUGCUUGACAACUGUAAAGAAUGAAGAUAAAUUGGAGUUCAGCAGAGUCUUGGAGGCUAUCAAGGCUAACUUCAAUGACAAGUAUGACGAAUACAGAAAGAAAUGGGGUGGUGGAAUCAUGGGAUCCAAAUCCCAAGCCAAAACCCGGGCAAAGGAAAAGCUUCUGGCCAAGGAAGCUGCUCAGAGAAUGUCUUAGGAAGAAUUUCUUAUAUUUGGUUGCUUUGCGACUGCCUUUUAGUGUGUUUUUAAUGUUACUUUCUUGUACUUUUUAUCUAUUUAAAAACUUUUGUUUUUCUCA